AGCCAUAAGACGCCUUCAAGUCUAGCUAGCCAGUACACGAGAGUGGAUAUUGAAGUUGUGUCAUUUUUUAAGAUUUCUUUCUAUUUAAAUUAAUUUAAUAAUAUAAAAAAUAAAUCGGUUGAAUAUAAAAAUUAAGAAAAAAAAGUUAAGUGUUUUUAAAUAUUUUCCACCUACAAAAAAAAUAUUAAAAAAAUUUAACAAAACCCUAAAAGAAAGAAAUAUUUAUAAGAAAAUAAUUUGUUUUCAAAUAUCAUACAAAAAGUUGUAAGAAAAAUUUUGUCUUAUAAAUAAGCCAAAAAAAUUAAAAAGUUAAUAAAAUUAAAAAGUUUUAAAUUUGUGUAAAAGUGUACAAAAAAAUAAAUAAGAAAAAUAACAAAAUGUUUAAAUUAAAACUACAACAAAUUGUACUGCAAUUGUGUUUGCUGGCAGUAUGUUUAAAUAUAGCCCUGGCCUGUCGUGGCAAAUUAUUGGCUGCUGGCAUCACAGAAGAAGAAAAAGACAUAAUUCUAAAAGAACACAACAGAUUAAGGCAAACAGUGGCUACCGGCCGUUAUCCUGGACAACCGGGUGCUGAAAAUAUGCGUGAAAUAGUAUGGGAUAAUGAGCUGGCACAAAGGGCUCAACAGUGGGCAGAAAAUUGUGAAUUUAGACAUGAUCCUCAUAGGACCAUAAAUCGUUUUACUAUGGGUCAAAAUAUGGCUAUUAUUUGGAGUACCGCCCCUUUGGAACCAGAUGAUGGUGAUUUUGCCUCUCGCAUACAGAAAUGGUUUGAUGAAGUACAAAAAUAUCAAUUUGGUGAUGCUUGGUCAUCGAAAACUGGUCAUUAUUCUCAGUUGGUUUGGGGUGAAACAAGUUUGGUGGGUUGCGGUUUUACGGAAUAUAAAGAUACCACUAAAUACAAUAAAUUAUAUGUUUGCAAUUAUGGUCCAGGUGGCAACGUAGUUGGCUUAAAACCUUAUGAAGUUGGUAAACCUGCCUGUUCGUCGUAUGGAAUGAAACCAUCACCACGUUAUCAGGGCUUAUGUGCUGCUCCCGAGAGUUCAACGGGUUUUAGCAGCAAUUCAAUUGAAACGUAUGAAAACAACAACAACAAUAACAAAGUAACUAACAAUUAUAAUUCAUACAAUACAUAUAACACACAACAACAACAACAAACAACACAAUUCACUAGCACUACUACAAAUACACAAUACAAUAACCCCAAUAAUAACAAAAACAAUAAUAACAAUAACAAUGAAAAUACUAAAUAUUCUAAUGAAUAUCAACAUCAUUAUCAACAGGCGUCCUACAAAGUACGACAAACGCAACAGCAACAACAACAACAUCUACAAUUACAACAGCAAAUCACGUCAACAGCCACGAAAAAAAUAUCAACCUACGGAGGCUACUCGUUCGGCUCCAAGACGUACGGCGGCUCACAGACGUUUACCACAGAGACAUCGCAACAGCAAUACAAUAAAUACCGGAAUAAACUUGAGGCCUAUAAACCAUCACCAGAGGAAUUUAAGAGAUCCGUAUUCAAACAUACUGUACUACGGUCAUCUGUAGAUCAAGAGCAACAAUCCGAACAGCAGCAGCAGCAGCAACAACAAGAUAAUCUAUACAAUACUACACCACCAGCUAAACGAGGUUGGAGUUUGUUGACAUGGCGUGGUUGAUAGUGUUCCACAAUCUCAUUGUGUUAACCAUUAUAUUCAUAAAAACAAAUUCGUCCCUUCACUUUCAUUUAAUUUCCUUUUCUGUUCUUACCAUAUUUUAAGUUUUUAUUUUAUAACAUUAUUUUUUUUUUAGAAUUUUAGAAAUUAUCUGGCUCCCUUUAUAAAGAAAUUAUUAUUUUUUUAAAUUAAAUUACUACUGUGUAGUACAGAGUAGGGAGUUAUGAAUAUAACUAAUCAUUUUUAUAAUUUUUUUUUUUUUUUUGUAUACAAAACUUUGUUCAUAAAGCAAACUAAAUAAAUUUUAAUAUUAGAAAAUUUUAAGCAAAAACCACACUUAGCAGCGCCAUCAACCACAAAAUAUAAAACACCGAGGCAACAUUGUUACAAGAAAAUGCUGCCAAUUAAAUUGAUUUAAAAAAACACUCUAAAGUUCUCACCAAUGUUGCCACACAAAACCACCAUCACUACUCCAAAAUUGCCAUAUUGUAUCAAUCAUUACUGUUUAGAUUUAAUUAUGAAAAACAUACUACAAUCAAACUUUUUUAAAUCAUAAAUCAAAACCAACUAUAUACAUUUUGUUAAAAUUAGUUUCUAAGUAGCGUCCAUUUUUACAAUGUCUUUAUAAAAACAAAAUUUUUUUAAAAUUUGGUUCAACUUUUUUCAAAAGUAUUUAAAAUCCAAAUUUUCUAAAUCACUUUAUUAAAUUAUCUAACAAGUAUUUUUUCUUUAUUAUCAAAUUUAAUUAACUAACAUUUAUAUAAAAAAAAGAAGAAGAAAAUCAAAACUCUGUUAAAGAAAUAUUCAAUGCACUGUGUAUCAAACGAAUGUUUGUAUCAAAUAUUUGUUAUGUAAAAGAAAAUUUAAAGUAAAAUUUUAUUUAAAUUUUCUCAAGAGAAACAAAAAUAUUUUUACAAUUCAAUAAACAUUAUUAUUCAUCAUCCUCAUCAUACUUGUAUGUUUUUUAAGAGCAUUUUAUAUGUAAUUUUUUAACUUUUGUAACUUAUCUAAAUGCACUUGUAUAAUUUUGUGUUCAUUAUUAUGAUUAUUUUCUUUUUAAGAAAAAUACUAAGAAAAUAUUUUAAAUAAAAUGUCAAACAUUUUUUUAUAUAAAUAUAGAAAAUAAAAUCUUUGUUUAUC